AUGAAUAGUUUCAAUGAAGAUCUAAAAGUGCUAGAUUUAGAUGAUGAUUAUGAUUAUGAUCUCCCGGUCCUUAUUGAUAAAUUUGAAAAUACGCUGAAAGAAACAUUACAGCAACAUGCCCCACAAAAACGACGAAUUAUAACUCUCCGUCCUCUAUCACCAUGGUACAAUGAAGAGAUUGGUCAAGAAAAAAGAAAUCGCAGGAAAUUAGAGCGCCGCUGGCGCGCAUCUGGAUUAUGUAUUGACAGACAGUUAUAUGUUAAACAAUGUGAGACAGUGAAUGCCAUGAUAAAGAAUGCUAAGACAACAUACUAUUCAUCGGUUAUUUCUAGCAAUGCACAUAAUCAGAAAGUGUUAUUUAGUACGGUUGAUAAAUUACUCCAUCGAAAGCCAGAAAAGCGCUAUCCAACUGCGUCAUCAACGACAGAACUCGUGAAUAAAUUUGCAGAUUUCUUCAGUAAUAAGAUUACUACUAUACGGCAAGAACUAGUCAUUGAUUCUUCCCACUGUAAUCAGCUAAAUCAAGAGGAGCAAUAUGUACAAUGCGCUAAAUUCAUUAACUUUCAAGAAGUCACGGAACAUGAAAUUAAAAAUAUUAUUGAUAUAGUUGGAAAAAAAUCUUGUGAACUUGAUCCAGUUCCCACAAAAAUCUUUCAAAGUCGUCAGAAGACUCUCUUACCUAUAAUUACUAAGAUCAGUAAUGAGUCACUUCGGUCAGGUUGUAUGCCUGGAAAACUAAAAGAAGCCGUGUUGGAACCAAAACUAAAGAAAGAUUCGUUGGAAUACGAAGAAUACACAAAUUUUAGACCUAUUUCAAAUUUAAAACUCCUGUCUAAAGUAAUUGAGAAGGCCGCCGUCGGUCAGCUUCUGGAACAUUUGGCUAAUAACAACCUAGAAGAACCUUUCCAGUCGGCAUAUAAAGUUAACGUUUUCAUAGCGUGGAAACAACCUUAUUAUUACGAUAUUCUUGUGGCUAUUGAUAAUCAUAAGUGUGUUGUGUUGUUACUACUAGAUAUGUCAGCAGCAUUCGAUACUGUUGAUCACGAAAUUUUAUUACAAAGAAUGUUCAAACGAUUUGGGAUAGAUGGACAAGUAUGGAAAUGGUUUCAGUCCUAUCUUCAAAAUAGAACGCAAAGUGUAGUAAUUGAUGGUGUUAAAUCUAUCUCUAAAGACUUGAGCUGUGGAGUCCCACAAGAAUCAGUUCUCGGACCUAUAUUAUAUUUACUAUACACUUCACCCCUUGGUGAUAUCAUCAGAGGUCAUGGUCUUGACUUUCACUUUUACGCAGAUGACUCGCAAUUAUAUCUCGCUUUUGAGUCAACCACUGAAGAAAAAGCGGGAGCACUGGUACAAAUUGAAAUGUAUGUGAAGGAGAUUGAUUUGUGGAUGGUCAAAAAUAAAUUAAAAUUGAAUGGGGACAAGACUGAGUUACUAGUAAUCAAUGCACGAAAUCGUUUAUGCCCUGCUGUACACCAUAUAAAAAUAUCUAAGUCAAUAGUUCAAUCAAGUACUUCAGCACGAAACAUCGGUGUAACUUUCGACCAACACAUGUCAAUGGAUAAACAUAUUACCAACAUUUGCAAGAACUGUUUUUUCCAUUUGAGGAAAAUAGCAAGAAUAAAAGAGUACUUAUCAAAAUCAGAUAUCCAAACUCUAGUUCAUGCCUUUAUUACAUCGAAACUGGAUAAUUGCAACUCUUUGCAAUACGGACCACCUAAAUUUCUUAUGGAUCGGUUACAGAAUGUGUAAAACUGUGCUGCUCGUCUGGUGACAGGAAGCAGAAAAUACGACCAUGUUACUCCAUUAAUGAAACAAUUACAUUGGCUCCCCAUUAGUCAACGCAUCAUCUAUAAAAUUGUUCUUAUUACAUAUAAAUCCCUGAAUGGUGCUGCUCCACAUUACAUUAACAAUAUGCUAAAAUCUUACACACCAUCAGCAAAUUUACGCUCUUCAUCCAAGGGACUGCUCACAAUACCCUCAGUAAAAUUGGUUAACUAUGGCGAACGAUCGUUCUCAUAUGCGGCACCGAAACUGUGGAACGAACUACCAGAACAUGUUAGAAAGAGUGAGACCUUGCCUAUUUUUAAAACUAGAUUAAAGACACAUCUUUUUAAACAGUGUUAUGACUAAGUACUAUUUUAACAAGAGUAUUACCAAUUUUAUAGUAUUUUAUAUAGUUUUGUUUUAAUAUUGUCAACAUUUAUAGCAUAAAGUAAUUUUAUAUUCAUAAUGAAAAGAACACUGAUAUAGUACUUUUAGUAUAGUUAAUGUAUGUAUUACCAACCUUAGUAUUAUGCAUGUACUUAUAUAUAGUAUAUAUUUUUAACACUUAAUGUUAAACGCUAUUGAGCUACAGGAAAUGGCGCUAUAUAAAUGAGUAAUAAUAAUAAUAAAAAUAAUAAUAACAUAGUCAGGCGUAAAUAUAUAUGCCUCUAGUUUUGCGAGUCUUGCGAGAGGAUUUCAACAACUCGGUCGCGGUUGAUUCGAUUUUGAAUUUUUUUACUGGACAGUGUUACAAAACUCAAGAUGCCUUGUUUCUGUGUUUCAGUUAAUGCAUCGCCGUGAUAUGUUUGCUAUAUUGCCAAGACGGGGAAUUUCGUGUGCGUGGCUGUCUAGUAAUCAAGCAUGUCAAGACAAGAUGGGAGUCUUUAUAGGCCUAUUUAUAUCGAGGCGAAUUACCCGGCAAGUGGAGUUUCUACUCGUCAACGACAAGAUCCCGGCUAUAUUAUAGAAACUUAUACAGUAUAGUAAAUCCGGGGGACUGAGGACUGUUUACAUGUAGUAAAGAAUAUAAACUCGCCAGUGAAGAGUUCCCGGCAGAAAGAGGCGAGAUAUUGCCUUCGGCGAGAUGAAUCUUUACCAUAUUAAAAGAUGUUCGGGUAUUUGUUAACUCGGCCGCCCGAGAUCGAAUAUAUGUGUAUAAAUGUAUGUGCUUUGCAUUUGAAAUAUAAUAUACUGUUCAAAAAUACAUACGAAUCAUUAGAUAAGUUCUAUUCGCCAAUUGCAGAGUAACUCGCCUCCAUAUAAACAGGGCCUUCGAAGGCAAAUAUUUGUUUGUAUUAUAUGAUGAACAAGAAAUGCUCCAAAGUUCAAUCUACCGAGGGGAAGAUACUUUUACUGUAUAUACUAAAAUACCCACUGUGAAUAACAAAUUCACCACAAACUCGACAAUACUCGUCUCCGGCGCUUUUUUGUAACACUUUUAACAGGUGUACGGUCUAAUGCCAUGUGGUCAUAUAAUAUUAUUCAGUUUAUUUUACUAUAAAGACUCGCUAAUUUUAAUUUUUUGUUUUGAAAUUGUCACAUUCUGUCGCAAUUUCCAUCGCUCAAAUGUUCGGUUGAACACGCCCAAAUCAUCAUCAGUCAAAAAUAAAUACGUGUCCUAUUGGCUAACGUUUGAUUGACAUGCGACAGUUAAAACAGUAAAAGCCAUAGAAGUGUUCCAGAGGUUCUUCCCGCUCGCCGCCUCCCAGCUUGAAUCCUCCUGUAUCCCUCAUUAUCCCCCUACGAACGUGGAAGAACCUCUGGCACCCAGGGUAAAGUUAGGGUAAAAUAUUUAAAAUAUUGGUAAAUUCAAGACCCUAGCUAGCCUUUUAGCUCUUCACGAUUCGCGCCACGCAUAUUAAUCACGAUUCACGGAAUGGCAUUUCUUUAAAUCACAAAUCACGAAGCACGAAUAAUUGCUAAUCACGAGUCACGAAAAUAUCCUUGCCCCCACCCCUAUAUUUGUAUAUUUUGUUUUAUUCAUUAAAAAUUUAUACUAAAACUAUUAUUCGCCUCAAGCUCAGUGAUUACGGUGAACAUUCACCUCGAUUUCGUCUCGGUGAAUAUUCACCGUGUUAAGCCCGUAUUGUUACACGAUCUCCUAAUUUAAUACGAUAAAAAGGAGCAAGUUAUACGAUGAUAAGGGGCAAGUUAUGAUUAUUGGUGGGUUCUAGACGCCGGAAAAGAAACACAAAACAACGUGGCCAGGGGCGGAUUCAGCGUUUUAAUCUGACCGUAGCAUUUUGGAUGAAAUGAACAUGGGGGGUUUGGGGGCAUGCCUCCCAGAAAAUUUUUGAAAUUUGAAGCCCGCAGUACCAUUUCCCACAUUUUGGGGCCGGAUUUUUGUGGUGGCGUGCGGUGAAUUGUGGGGGCGCAUCAUCAUUAGCAUAGACUGUGGUGGCGCAUCAUUAUUAGCAUACGUCAUAAUUAUAUGCAUGACGUCACGCGGGCAAGUUUGGACGAGAUCGUGUGAGCGUCCCCCCACGUCCCCCACGAGCGUCCACCCACGUGAGUGAUACAAUUGAGGGAUUAAGAUUGACUUACUACGAAUAGUUCGAGCCGCUCACAUGGCAAAAUUGUUAUCGAAAUUAAUAUAUAGCAGUGUUAUAGUCGUAUCUUUCCUCGGAAGAAAUGAAUUUCCACAGGUAUAUUGAAGGAUUUUUCGUAUGUUUACAAAAUUAUAGCGAGGAAUCUAUUCGUCACAAAAAUCGAAACAUAUUUUAAACAGAACUAAACAGUUGCUAAUCCCGGCUUAACAUGGUUGUCAACGUCGUUGUAGAUGCCACUAUGGAAAAAGAAACGAUCAUGGGUCAAACCAUUCCUGUAAGAAUAACAACUCAUAACUACAAUUACAAGAGGUUUCGGAAUAAAUAUAAAACGUCCGAUUUUAACUUGGUUAAAAUUCCACUAGAUGAAGCUGUUAAAUUUGAACAUGUCCCAAAAAUAAUGCUGUCUAAUGUCAUGUCACUCGUUCCAAAAGUUGACGAAGUUCGCGAAUUUAUUCACCGGAAUCAAAUCAGCCUGGUAUUUAUCACAGAGACCUGGCUUAAAGCUUCUAUUCCUGACAGCGUGGUGAACAUUCCCGGUUUUUCAAUAAUACGUAGGGAUCGAAUUAACAAAUCCCAUGGUGGGGUUUGUGCAUACGUUAAUAACCGAGAUGUUAAAUAUAAACAGAUUUUAGAGUUAUCUUGCUGCCAGGAGCACGAAAUCCUAUGGCUGCACCUUAGACCUACUCGUAUUUCACGCAAGUUCUCAUGUAUUAUCGUAGCUAUAGUAUACCACCCCCCUGGAGCAAAUGAUUAUUCUAUGAGAGACCAUUUAUUCCAGUCAUUAAAAAAGGCAGAGUCAAAAUUUCUAAACUGCGCACUUAUUGUUGCAGGUGACUUUAAUCGUCUUAAUGUUAACAGAAUCAAACAUCAUUUUCAACUGAAACAGAUAGUUCAGACUCCUACCUGCAGAAAUGCGAUUCUCGACAUCAUCUUAACUAAUCUGCACGAGUAUUAUGAAAAACCUCUAAUAAUGCCCCCUUUUGGACUAUCCGACCACAAUACUAUCAUUUCAUCUCCAAAGGAAAGAGCUAAAGAUCUAAUCUCUAAUGGUACCACCUUUAAGCGUAAUAUUAAUCCAAGUUCCAAACGAGCCCUGGGAAGAUAUCUAAACUCGAUUGAUUGGCCUCAAAUUAUUCCAUCUACUAAUGAUUGUGAUCAGUUAUCGAACAUGUUUCAAAACAUAGUCCUUACUGGGGUUAAUAUAUUAAUGCCGAUGACACGAUCAAAGAAAUGUCCUGUCGAUGCCCCCUGGAUAACGAACCAUUUCAAAUCGCUGAUCAUUGAAAGGCAGAAAGCUUUUUCUACCUAUGGCCCUGACUCGAGCAGUUUUAAAUCUCUUCGAAACCAAGUAAAUCGAGAAAGGAAAAUCUGUAAAUCAAACUAUUAUAAACUCCGUGUACAUCAAUUGAAACAAACAGACUCCAAGGAAUGGUGGAAAGAAGUAAAGCGUUUAAGUGGAAUGGCAUCUACUAGAUCUAGUGAUAUUAGAAAUAUAAUAGAUAUUGAAAACCUCGAACAAUUAUCUGAGCAAGAAUUAGCUAACAAGAUCAAUGAAGCUUUCUUGGAUCCCUUAUCUGUAUAUAAACUGCCCAGCCCCCUUCUUCCUUUCGAGCUAGUAGUUAACAACCCUGAGUUUUUAGUAGUCACUGAAGAAACAGUGUAUUCAUAUUUAUCAAAGCUGAACCCUACCAAAACUUGUGGUCCUGAUGAAGUAUCAAAUUGGCUUCUUCGUGAUUAUGCAGCUAUAUUAGCGUUCCCAAUUAGUACCAUCUUAAAUGCUUCCUUCAAGCAACAACGACUUCCAUCGAUGUGGAAACUAGCCAAUGUUUUACCUAUACCUAAAUCUAAGACAGUUCAAAUCUUAGAAAAAGAUCUCAGACCUAUCUCACUGACCCCGAGCAUAUCCAAAGUAGCUGAAGAAUGUGUGGUAAAUAGAUAUAUCAAACCUGCGAUAUUAGACAGUCUCCAUCGUCAUAGAAAAGCGGCGGCUAGUUAUAAGUACUUUUUAGUCUGCCAAGACCACUGGAUGCUAUUUCUAAAUAUUAUUUAGAUCUAUUAGAUCAGUGCUGGUAUGUAUAUUGUAUAUUAAGUCAUAAUAGUAAAGUCAAAAUGAAAAUUUCGAUUUAUAGCAUACGCCAUCUUGAAAGCAUUACUCGGCAGGCGCUCUCGCCUGCAACCCGCAUUUUCCGAACCUGCCCGAAAUGCUCCCUAAGCGCCUGCGGAGGAGGUAGCUUUUUCGGUGCUAAUUUAACACGACAUAAAUAAAAAUAUUUUGCAAAGUGUUAAUUUAACACUCAAAUUGUUUAACACCACUUUAGAGGUGUUAAAAUAACACCCACUUAAGGACAGGUGGUGUUAAAAUAACACCGGUUUCUGGUGCUAAAUUCUUGGUGUUAAAAUAACACCAUAAGUGGUGUUAAGAAUUUGUAUUCCCCAGUGUUAAAUUAGCACUGUUUGUGGAGUUAGAACAUGGGUGUUAAAAUAACACCUUUUUGGUGGUGUUAAAUUAGCACGCAGCACGAGUGUUAAAAUAGCACCUUUUUGGUGGUGUUAAAUUAGCACUGAGCACGGGUGUUAAAAUAGCACCUUUUUGGUGGUGUUAAAACUGUUUGUGCAGUUAGAAUAACAUAUAUUCUUAAACUAAAACACUUUUACAGUAUAACACGGUCUAUAAACACACGUUUUGAGCCUGGUCUACCGUCACAGGCUAGGGCUGGCCGAUUACAGGUAUUUCGCCAAAUUAAUUAAUUGGCAAAUAUUUAUCCGAAUAUUAUUUACUGUUAGCAUGAAACAGCCGCAUAUUAAUUUACUGGCAAAUUAUAAACCAUUUCACAAAUGAAACAUUUGAAUUCAGAAGUUAAUACUUUUAGACAUAUAAAUAAUAAAUUAACAGAAAUAGUUCCCAUGUCACAUGCAUGUGUCAUGUAUGUUUAUGCAUUUCAUCAUACAGAUUGGAAACUGGCAAAAUUGGACCUCAAAAUAUCGCAUUUCAAAUAUUAUAACACGCUAUAAUUUGCAGCAGUAGCAACACAAUAUGAAGAUAACACACAAUGAAGCCGAAAUAUUUGAAUAUUCGCGCGCCGCAUGAUCGAGCUUUCAACCAAUGAGGAUAGCGCCGCCGUGAAAUCUAAUACCUUCUUCUCACAUCAAUACUGGCAUUUAUAUAGUUUGUGGUCGUUUGUAUGGGAAUAUAUCUGCUAUUGUGGUGCGAGGGUUCUAUUAGGAUUGCUUCUAAGUGUCAGUGCGAUGGAAGCGAUACAAACUGAUUAAAAUGGCUUUAGUAUAUUCAUAUUUCAAGCAUAAAGAUGGCUUUAAAACAGUGUGAGGAAGAAGCGAGCAAGGUUGCUGUUUGUAUUUGAAUGACAAAGGUCUGGCCGCCAAUGCAAUUCAAAACGUGUGGUUCACAGCGUCAAUGCUUUAGAAUUAGUUCGCCUGUAACUUCAAAGAUGUGAUAAACGUCGAAAGGAAUAAGGUGAGUUAUUAUAAUACUGCGAGAAUUAUAGUGAUUGUUGUCUGCGAUUGUCGUAUUUAUAAUACGACCGCCAUUAUGCUGAGGCUAUUCUCAUUGCCAUUGCAGUCUCAGUUAAGAAAACUUGCGCGCGUUUUGAUUUACAAGUACUGUAGUUUUGUCUGAUUUAUCUUGCGUUUACUGCUUUCAUUUCAAUUAUAAAGACACGUAUUUUAGAACCUGAGAUGGAAAAUCGGGAAAUGGCUGUUAAAUGCCCAACCUCAACUAUAUCAUGCAAGAUUUUGUGCAUUCUAUUUAAAUUACGCACAACAACACAGACCAACAAUACUUUAUUCAUUAAAUUUCAAUGGCAAACCGAAACGGUAAUGUUUUAUAUUGAUUACUGAACGAUGGAAUUUAUUUUAUUAAUACUGUCUGUGAGAUGAGAUACAGUAUACACUACACAGCUGGACCUGAGCUGGUGUUUCAUGAAUAUUUUUGCCAACUCGAAUUUUAUAUUUGAUUUUUAACCAUUAAUUUAAGCUGCAAUGUUCCCAAAUAUACCUUAUUUUAUUGUUUUAUUCUGGCUAACGCAGACAAUUUUUAUCUAAUUUGCCAAGGGGAUCUUAUACCGUAAACCUCCGACUAUAAGCCCUGGGCUUAUAUACUUUCGUAAGCGAUUUUUGAUGGGCUUAUACAAGGGGGGGGGGGGUAUAUACGCGGGGGACUAAUACAUGGAUGAUCUUUUGUGUUAGUAAUAAACAAAUCAGACAUAAACAAGUCAGUCAUAAACAGGAAAAUAUACAUCCAUUAAUAACGUGCUUUGAUUAACAUAACAUAUAGUCGGCUAUAAAGACAAUGACAAUGUUUUUAAAUAUCGUUCUCUGCUAUAUUAAAAGACAAUGAAAAUGUUGAAUAACGUAGUGGGCUACUGGGCUUAUAUUCGGGGGACUUAUAUUUGGGGGGCUUAUAUUUGGGUGUGCUUAUGUUCGGGGGGGGCUUAUAUUUGGAAUGAAUUGAGCGUUAGUAUAUGUGGUGGGCUUAUAUUCCGGGGGGCUUAUAUUCGGGGGGGGGCUUAUAGUCGGGGGGGGGCUUAUAGUCGGAGGUUUACGGUAUAAUGACAGAGAUAAUUUUACCUAUCAUUGGGCUAUCAAUGGGAGAGUCCUGAGUAUUAAUAUUUAAGAGUGAAAAUAUUGAUUAUGAUAUAAUGUUCACAUUAUAAAAUCCCCAAACAUAAUUCUCUUUCUCGACCAUGUCAAAAGAUACACUAAACCUAAUAAGUUCUUAUUGCAACAGAUUCUCAUUUUAAAGUAGAAUAAUUGCCACAUGUAGCACUUGUUAAGGUGAGAUAGCACAUCUCUUAUCCAUCCAGGACAAAUGACCCAUUUGACACAGUUAAUUAACACUAUAAUGGGGGUAAUUUUUCUUUCUUAAAAUGGCAAUGUAUCGAUAUGAUUUUUCAAUGGCAAAAUGCAAUUGGACUGUACGGGCCAGUCUGUACCAGUGACUAAUUAUAUAGUUAAGCUAGGUGACACUUGCUCGAUGGCUUCCCUGUUAGAUACUGUACUCCUUUUGAAAAAUAUUAAUUGCUACAUGUAGUGUUAAGGUGAGAUCAUGGCACAUCUCUUAUCCGUCCUGGACAAAUGACCCAUUUGACACGGGUAACAUUAUAAUGAAGUAGUUUUUCAUUCUUGAAAUGGCGAUGUAUUGACAUUAUUUUUCAAUGGCAAAAUGGAAUUGAGCUGUAACAGUGAUUAAUCAUAUAGUUAAGGGACACUUGCUCAAUGGCUACCCUCUGUUAUAUACUGUGCAUACUCCUUUUGAAGCAAUUAAAAUUGCUACAUGUAGUGUUAAGGUGAGAUGGCACAUCUCUUAUCCUAUCAUUGCAUGUGAUCAAUGCUUAUUUGUCUCAACAUUCAACAAAGAGAUGGUUUGCGCUCUAGCUAGCUAUCUCACUGACAAUUAGAUAACGAGUAGCGUAAAGCCAAUCAGAAUACAGCAUUUGCAUUAGAACUUGACAACAUUUAAAAUUACUAAAUAUAUAUACUGUAUAGACUAAUGUGAAAAUGAAUACUUUUAGGAUGACGACCCCAUUGUCCAUUGAUGAAGAAGUGAGGAAAUCAACCUACAGUAUAGCUAUCCUUGAAUCUUGGCAUCAGGUGACAUUGCAUCCUUGGACCCAUUUUACAUUGCUGCCGUGGGGGAAAUUUACUUGCGUUUUGCUGGUAAAAAUAUUCCACAUAUGCUACAUUCAAUGUUCUAAAUAUGGAAUACACUCCAGGUGUUUCGAGUGUUUAUGCAUUUCUAGAAUUUAGAAGCUGUCACCUUAAACCGCCCUGCUGAUGCCGAGAACAAAAUUUCUGUACAACAACUUUUAAGUGAGCUUGGACUCUGAAAUUAAUCGUGAUAAAUACUUAGUUCAUAUAAAUUCAUGCAUGUUAAAGAUAUUUCUUAUUUAUAAUAAUAACCAAUUUUGAACCUAUAUUUCUCUUUUGUGUGUGUCUUAAUGUGCCUGGUUGAAAGUGUUAAAUCAACACCUUAAAUCUGGUGUUAUUUUAGCACCAGAUAGGAAGAGGUGUUGCUUUGGCACUGCCAAAUCAGGUGUUAUUUUAACGCCACACUAUAGGUGUUAAAUCAACUCUUAAAACUGGUGUCACUUUAGCACUUAAAAGUGGUGUUAGUUUAACACUAUAAACAGGUGUUAAAUUAACCCCAAAAACUAGUGCUAAUUUAACACUAAAAAUGGGUGUUGUUUUAGCACCAUAACUAGUGUUAUUUUAACACUUUUUUAGUGGUGUUAGAAUAGCACCAAAAAGUAGUGUUAUUUUUUACCUAAUUUUUUAACACCACUUUUUGGUGUUAUUUUAACACCCUAAAAUUAACAGUGUAUCAGACCUAACACGAUAAUUGAUUGUAUCUCGUAUGAAGAAGCCAACACCACAACCAGAUCUAUUCUAUGUUUGCCAACCCAAGAAUAACCGUAUACCAAUAUAUUAGUCAUACUGAUACUAGUCAUGUAAGUUCAGUACAGAAAAGUAAGUGUGACUGUCAAUAUGGACUGUUGGUCGCUGAACUUGAGGGGGCUAAUGUAGAUCUAGUUAUCUUGCAAAAAAAUGUCAAUACUAAUAUAACUUCAGCGCAGAAAACGCAUGACGAUGAGGUGGCCCAACUGAAAUACAUUUACGCGAAGGAAAGGGAACGGUGCGAGCUGCUCGAAUCGGAUAUAUCAAUAUUAGUGAGGGGAAGAGAUAGGAAGAUUAAUAACGAACUAAAUAACAUCAUUGUGUCACUUGAAAGUAAAGUUGAAUCAAUGGAAGCGUUAAAUCAUCGUUGAGAAAAUCAGUUAGUGAACAAUCAACAAAGUGUAUACAAAACAAUUACGAUAUGAGCAAAACAAGUGAACAUGGAAACAAUUAUGCUAAUUCGAAGCCUUUUUCCACGUCUGCUCUGAUGACCUAUUCAUAAAACCUUCAAACAAUAUGGAACCCUCCCCCCUCCCAUUACCAAAUUACCUUGUCAAAAAAGAAACCACUACUAAUCACGGAAGGACCGAAACAAUAUGUCAAUCGCGCGAAGUUCCAGCCGAAUAUCUAAGGCAUAACAAUAACCAGCUUCAUCAGAAUCGACAAAACUGUUCAUCCCAGAACCUUUUGCCUAAUUGUAAAGACAAACCAAGUCUGAUUAGUGUCCAAGUGCAAAACAAGCGCGAUAGCAAACCAUGUAGUUCACAAAUAAAAUCGCCUGAGAAACAUAUGUACCUCUCACGGCACAAAUAAUUAUGAUAAAUUGAACACCGUACAACAACGUGCCGUCCGUCAUACAGCCUGAUAACCAAAACGGUUGCCAAAUAAUACAUUCCUGUUCGUAUUACUCAAAGAGGACACCCAAACUCGACGCGUAUAGAGAACACUUUCGGAAAGCAAGAAACUCCAAUAUUGCACUCAAUUCUCGUCAGACAAAAAAAAUGACGGUUUUCGCGUACACACCCGGCGGAAGGACCUAAUAAACUGGUUUAAUCACUACUAUUAGAGGCCACGGCUGAGCCAACCCAUUUUGUACCUACACUAUGUUUGACUAACGUAAUGUCACUGGCUCCAAAAAUUGACGAAUUGCUUGUUUUUCUUCAACACGACAAAAUUGAUAUUUGUUGUAUUACAGAAACCUGCAUGGCUUAAAGACACAAUAGACGAUAAUGUCAUGAAUAUUCAAAAUUACUAUUGCGGUAAGAUAGAAUACACGCCCAACACGGUGGAGUGACCCUUUAUAUAAAAGAUAAUAUUAAACUCGACAGAUUAUAUGAGUAUGAAUAUGCAUAUAAUAAUCACUGAUUGAGGUCCUUUGGUGCAAAGUGCGACCAAAAGUCGCCUUCCCCGAGGUUUCUCAGGACUAAUAGUAUGAGUAUUAUCCCAUCCACCAUCCUCAAAUGACGACAAAUGGAAGAGUAUCUGUUGGAUACCUUAUCCAAUAAUCUUACUAACAGGAGACUUUAACAGGUUAGAUGUAAGUCAAAUGAUCAAUCAUUUCCGCAUCAAACAGCUGGUUCAUUUUGCCACUCGAGGAGACAAUACCUUAGAUUUGAUUUUAACGAACUGGAACGAGUAUUACUUAAAACCUGUUAAAACCUGUUAAGCUUCCAUGGGCCCUUCGGUCUAUCCGACCACUGUAUAGUUACAAUCUAUCCGAAAGUAAGAUCUAAAUGUGUAAAACCUUUUUAAAAAAAAAUUUCAUUAGAGAUAUGCGCUUGAGUUCCAAACAGGCAUAGGCGUCGAAAGAUCGAUAAAUGGGGGGACCAUAUUCAUAUAUUCGUGUUCUGCAUUAUUAAUUUCUUUUGAAAGCGAUUGUUUUUAAGGUCUGUGAACACGAAUAUAUGAAUAUGGUCCCGCCAACUUAUCGAUCUUUCGACGCCUAUGGAAACAGGCUGUUGGCAGAUGCUUACUCACAUUAAUUGGUCAACUAUUGAUAUUCUCCAGGAUACUGAAGAAAAGUGUCAAUUCUUUAAUAACAUUAUACAUCUCGGACUGGACACAAUCAUGCCUGCGAAAACUAUAAAAAUACAUACCCAGGACGCUCCGUGGAUAACUGGCCAUUUGAAAUCUCUUAUUCAAAAACGCCAGAAAGCCCUUUCCCAAGGUUGUCUCACCAAGUUUAGAUUUUAUCAAAAUCGGUUUAAACGCAGUAAGUCCGUAUACCAUCAAACGAAGGUAAAAGAUCUCAAGGAUACUAAACGAAAGAAAUGGUGGGCGGAAUGUAAAAAAAUAUGUGGAAUGAAUAAACCAACAAAAGAUAUCGUGAACUUGUUACUUUCCAACGACUCCCCAUCUUAUGAAGAUGAACUGAAGUUAGCAAACUAGAUAAAUUCCGCCUUUCUUCGACCACAACAAGAAUAUACACCCUUGUCGCAAACAAAUAAACUAGACACCACUAAUUUCGAACUGCCUUCAAUAUACUCCAAUACAGUGUUAAGGCAACUUUGCCUGGUCUCUGCAUCCAAGGCAAGCGGUCCCGAUAAUAUUUCAAAUUGGAUGCUCAAAGACUUUUCAGAUAUUUUGACCAUGCCUCUCUGCAAGAUAAUAAAUUCAUCCCCCGCUGAGAAACAGCCACCUUGUAUUUGGAAAUGUGCCAAUGUCACACCAAAAGGCAACCUGAUAAACUGCAUGGUCAUACACGUGGGCACAAAUAAUAUACGAAGUUCGACGCCGCAGAAUAUUGCUGACGAAGUUACUAAAGUGGCACACCAGUUCAAACAGGAAUCGAUGAAAACAAGAAUAAUUAUUUCAUCCUUGAUCAUUAGAAGCGAUAAUCCUGAAUUUGGAAAUAAGAUAAAAGAGAUCAAUGUUCCUUUGAAACUGAAGUGUGAAGAAAACAAUUGGUCGUUUAUAGAUAAUAGUAAAAUAAACAGUUUAUAUUUAAAUCGCAGGGGCUUACACUUAACUCAUGAAGGGAGUGCCCUAUUACAGGCUAAUAUAGGAAAUGUAUUAAAAUGAUAUGAUAAGAGGCUGAGGGAAAAAGAUAAUGAGACAAAUUGGUCAAAUAUUCCUAAAUUAAGGGGUUUUAGAAUGGCUAUGCUCAAUAUAACUAGCCUUCCGAAACACCUUGACGAAAUUCGCCUGCUAUUGCAUGAUAAAAAAUUGGACGUCACUUGGCACUAAAUGAAACUCGCCUUGACUCCUCUAUUUCGGACGACCUUAUGAGUAUCGAGGGUUAUGAUAUACUGCACUCUGAUCGAAAUAGUGAGUGUUUCAUUUUUUCGAGUGUUUAUGGACCACCAAAUACUACUGUUGAGACCUUUUCAAAAAUUGAAAGGCUAAUUCAACUAGUGAAUAAUGAAAACAAAGAAGUUUACAUGUUAGGUGAUCUGAACUGUAAUCUCUAGCUACUCGAUUCAAAUUUGUCGAAUGUUAAAAUGCUUCAGGAAAUAAUGCAACUGUACCAAUUAACACAAAUAAUUGAUCAUACACGUGUUACUAAAUGUACAAAAUCAAUACUUGAUGUUUGAUUACUUCCUCUCCGGUUAAAAUUAUAAGGGUGUAAGGCGCCCAAAAUGGCUGCCACGCUGUUGCGAGCUCUGUGUUUUUUAGCUUUGAUUGGUCUUACUAUACAUUGUUUGGCUAAUCCUAUUACAUCAACAAAUAGUAAUGUGGAUGUAUUGUAUCUUUUGCGAAAUUCAUGCUGGUCUGAAGUGUGUAUGGGGAGAUAUCCUAAUUUGUCCUCCGUUGUUAUUCGUGUGAAUUGCAUUUGGGACUCUCGUAGUAGAAUUGGGUUUUGUAUCUCCAAAUGGUCUAAACAUGGGGAAACAGUACUGGCUAUACCCGCUCACAACCCUUCAAUAAAUGUUACGAUAUGUAUGGAUGUCCAUCCUAAUCCAGGACCUGCUGUUAACGAGGUAAACGAACACAAUUUGGGUAAGAACUCUGUAAACGACAGACAUUUUCAAACUACACCUUCGUCUUGCAUGGGUGGUUCUGUGAUUAACUUUUCUCGCUCACAGCUUAUUAACCUUCGUUAUGAGUCUAAUUUUCCAGUUUCUUCAAGAUUAUUGGCCUUAUUAAAGAGUCAUAUGCUACUUAAAUAUAGAGGAUCUAGAGCUGGAAAAAAACAGCGAAUUCGCCAAAUUUUUGUUCAGGCUGGUCAUAGAAUAUCGCACAAAAGGAAUUAUAAUCGGUAUGCAGAUUUUACUAAUCUCACCCAUAUUCACUGUCUACCAUUAUCUAAAGUUAACAGUCAAAAACCGGCGGUUGAAUCUAUGACAAUGGCAUAUGUAAACUGUCGUUCGAUAAAUAGAAAUGGGUUUAAGCUAAAAGAUUGUGUUGUUGAUAAUGACUAUGAUUUAAUAGGUAUUACUGAAACGUGGCUGCCAAUUGAACAAUCCUUAUCGAACCAUAUAAUCAGAGACUUUUGCCCAAAAGGCUACAAGAUGGUUCAUAUUCCACGGAGUUCCAGCCAAAGAGGUGGCGGUGUAGGUAUAUUGCACAAAGAUACUCUUGACUUGAAAAUUACUGAAACUGUGAACACUUUCGCCUCAUUUGAAUGUAUUGAACGGCUUCUCAAAUUAGACUCCACGUGGAUAAGAGUUGUUGUAGUUUACCGACCUCCUGUUUCAAGUGUAAAUGCCUUGAGUGUAUCGAUGUUUUUAAGUGAGUUUUCGGUUUAUUUGGAAAAUCUAGUGCUGUUACCCGGCGAAGUCCUUAUCAUGGGUGAUUUUAACUUUCAUACGGAUGACUUGACGAACCAUAACGCUUGUGAGUUCUCAAAUUUAUUAGAUACAUUUAAUAUGUCGCAACAUGUUAGUGAACCUACUCACCAGUCUGGUCACACACUUGACCUACUUAUAACGAGACAAGAUUCGAACUUAAUAAAUGGUAUAUGUGUCCACACACCUUGGAUAAGUGAUCACAGUAUUGUGCAGUUUAAAACCACCACAAAGAAACCGAGUGUUGCUCGGAAAACAAUAUCUUAUCGACGAUGGAAAUCACUUGAUGUAAACCAGUUUCGGCAGAGUAUAGAUGAUAUUGACAUUCAAUCUGUCAACUCGCUUUCUGAUCUUGCUCUGUUGUACAACAGUGCCUUACGUGAUCUUUUAGAAAAACAUGUUCCCUUGAGAAGUAAAACUGUCACAUUACACCCACAAGCUGAAUGGUUUGAUGCCAAGUUGCUAAUAGAAAAGAGAGCAAAAAGAAAGUUGGAACGUAAGUUCCGAUUAUCUAAUUCACCUGAAGAUAUUCGUCAGUUCAACGAGCACUCAGAGUAUUACAGUCACUUGCUAGUUACAACGAGACAGAAAUUUUACACAGAUAAGAUUGAGGCAAAUUAUGGUGAUCAGAAAGUACUAUUCCAAGUGUUAGAUAAACUUUUACACCGUGAGAAUCAACGUCAAUUUCCACCGCAUGAUAAUCUUGAUAAUCUUACAAAUAUGUUUGCGGAUUUUUUUGUCCGGAAAAUUGAUACAAUUCGCUCUCAACUACAUUUGGCUACUGUCGAUAAUCUGCUAGGAUUUGAAUCUUCCUGUGAGACCGUUGAAAAGUUGGAAUAUUUUAGUUCAGUUUCUGAGCAUCAGAUUGAAAACAUUAUUCGGUUAACUAACAACAAAUCAUGUGAACUUGAUCCAAUUCCAACUUGGCUCUUGAAGCAAUGUAUUCCUGUCUUACUCCCGAUUAUAACAAAAAUUGUUAACCUGUCGUUGCAUGAUGCAUUCAUGCCUACCCUGUUCAAACAAGCCUUUUUGACACCAAUACUGAAGAAUAUUUCCCUCAGCACAGAUGAAGAAAACAGUUUCAGACCAAUAUCUAAUCUUUCUUAUGUCUCAAAAUUAAUUGAGAAAGUG